UUCACUCUUUAAGCGCGACAGGUUGUUUUGUCGCAGUAUAGAUGAGCUUCCGGACCGACGACUGUUCUUGUGGGACUCGCAACAGUCAUGGCGAACCAUGUCCUGGUGUUUGUGGCGCUUGCUGCGUUCGCUGUCCUAGCCGCAGAAGGAUUUAACGGAAGAGGUCGCGGUCCGGCCUGGUCGAGAGGACCUCCAGGAAAAGGUCGCGGUCCGCCCUGGUCGAGGGGACCUCCAGGAAGAGGAAGAGGAGGAGGAGGAGGCGGAGGGAACCCACUUUCCGAGAAGGGCUGUGCAAAGUUCUGCCGAGGUAACUUAUACAACUCGUCCCAGUUCCAGUUAACGAACAGCAGUUACAGCUGCGAUUGUUCCGACCCUCUGCCUCCCACGGAAGAUUCCGGCACCUCCGGCGGAGAUGGAACGUCAGGUCCUGUUGUCAAUGACCGCGCCGGAGACGCGCCUGAUGGUGAGGGCCCAGUAGAAAGUGGUAACCAACGUAAUGAUCCUGAUGAAUCAAGUAAUGAAAGUACCGAUACUGACGGGACUGGAUAGUGGGACAUUUAACAAUGUUCUCCACCUGCGCUUGCAGCAAGACGAAACAUAAAAGCAGAAUUAAACAGAAACUGUUAACAG